AUGCAAUCCAGUGCUAACACAAAAUCCAGCACUACAGGGUUCUGGCGAAUACUCACAGAGAAAACCAAACUCUUCUUGGGGCCAGGUAUCAGGGAAGGGGUGUCCCCAGACACCCCUAUAGGGGAAAGUUACUUUCGAGAUCAGUUUUAUGAAGCAAAUAGAGGGGCAAAAACAGCAGAGUGUCACAGUGAGCAGGUUGUGGUCAUUGCAAAUGGCAAGCAGAGUGGCAGACAGUAUCUGGUGCUUGUUCCAUCACAGCUGUUUGUUGGGGUUCCUGAGAAGGCCUGUGUCCUCCUCAGUCACAUGAAUGAGACAGUGACCUUGAAUGUGAUCCUGGAGUAUGGAAUACAGACCACGAACCUCCUCACACACCUGGUGACAAAGAAGAACUCCCACUACUGCAGGCCUCUUGUCAUUCCAACGCUGUCACAAACGUCAGCCUUCAUCACUGUGCAGGUGAUUGGGCCAACCCAGAAUUUUGUAAAGAGGAGGGAAAUUUACUUGAGAGCAGCAGAGAGCCUAGUCUUUGUCCAGACAGACAAACCUAUCUACAAACCAGAACAAACAGUGAAAUUCCGCAUUGUCUCUGUGGAUAUCAGUUUUCACCCUUUGGAUGAAAUGUUCCCAGUGGUGUAUAUUGAGAACCCCCAAAGGAACCGAAUUGUCCAAUGGCAAAAUCUCAAACUGCAAGGCGGCCUCAGCCAGCUCUCUUUCCCACUCUCCAUGGAGCCCAUUCUGGGAUCCUACAAGGUUGUGCUGCAGAAGAGAUCAGGGAAGAAAAUUGAGCACUCCUUUGAUGUCAGUGAAUACGUUUUGCCCAAAUUUGAAGUCCAUGUGAAAAUGCCCAAGAGUGUUGCCCUUGAAGAUGAAGAGUUUACAGUCUCUACAUGUGGCCAAUACACAUAUGGAAAGCCUGUCCAUGGCCUAGUGACGAUGAAUAUAUGCAGGAAACAUACCACACAAUUUCCGAUGUGCCAAAGAAGCUAUACACCCAUUAUCUGUGAGGAAUUUACUCAAGAGACAGACAAUGAAGGCUGUUUCACACAACUUGUGAAGUCUAAACCAUUUCAGCUGAGACAAAGAGGCUACGACAUGUCAAUACAAGUAGAAGCCAUGAUCAGAGAGGAGGGAACAGGGUUGGAAUUAACUGGGCAUGGAUCAUGUGACAUCACAGAAGUCUUAAGCAUACUAAAAUUUACAAAAGUGGAUUCAUUUUACAGACCAGGGAUACCUUUCUUUGGUCAGGCUCUCCUAGUUGAUGGCAAGAAUCAACCAAUCCCCAAUGAAACUGUAGUUGUCCAUGUGAGUGAAACACACUUCAGUCUGACCACUGAUGAACGUGGUUUGGUGGAUAUUUCUAUUGACACGUCCAACUUGGAAAAACCUUUAAAUUUAAUUCUGGUCAGAUACAAAAAUGAUACUCAGUGUCACGAUAUGUGGUGGAUGGACGGGGUUCAUAGGCCAGCAAUACAGCCUGUAAAUCAGAUUUUCUCCCCAAGCAAGAGUUACAUUCAUCUUGAACUUAUUACCAGUACUUUGACCUGUGGGCAAACCCAGAAGAUCCGGGUGCACUACAUCCUGAAUAAACAGAUUCUGAAGGAUGAAAAAGAGUUAACAUUCUAUUACUUGAUCAAAGCAAAAGGAAGCCUUUCUCAAUCAGGAAUCCAUGUGUUGUCCAUUGAACAAGGAAACAUGAAAGGAGUAUUUUCCUUCUCCAUUCAAGUGAAAUCAGACCUUGCUCCUACCGCCCAGCUGCUCAUUUAUACUAUUUUACCUAAUGAAGAAGUGAUUGCAGAUUCUCAGACACUUGAGAUUGAAAAUUGUUUUGACAAUAAGGUCAAUCUGAGCUUCUCCUCAGCCAAGGGCCUGCCAGCCUCAGACACCAAACUGAAGGUGACAGCCUCCCCUAAAUCCCUCUGCGGCCUCCGUGCAGUAGACCAGAGUGUGCUGCUAAUGAAGCCUGAAGCUGAGCUCUCACCUGAAUCUGUCUAUAAUUUGCUAUCACAACAGACAGCCCCUUUUAUUCAAUAUCUACCUUUCCUGAAUGAAGAUUUGGGAGACUGCGUCAGUAUAGAAAACUUCAAUUACAAUGUACCCUCUCCUAUGUGGCUGAUCAUGACUGCUGCGGACACCGCCAGUAUCUUUCAGUCUAUAGGAUUAAAUAUUUAUACCAACUCAAAAAUCCAUAAGCCCCAUAUUUGCCAGUAUCCGCGAGCAUAUUCAAGAGUGCCAGGGAUUAGCUCCUAUGGACUAGGCACUCCAGGAGGCAUACCAGGAAUACCAGGUGUACCAGGCACACCAGGCAUACCAGGCGUGCCAGGCGCACUAGGCAUGCCAGGCGUACCAGGCCCACAAGGCCUAGUGGGCGCAGGAAGCUUAGUAGGUGCAGGAGGCGGAGGUCUAGCAGCUGUACCAGGCAUACCAAACAUCGCAAGAUCUCCAGGCACCCCACCUUUAGAAAUGGAUUAUGUAUCUUCUAUGGGAUAUAUGAGUGGAAACUUUCAGCAGAUGGAAGCAAAACAGAAAGAGAUAAUCCGGAAGUAUUUCCCUGAGACCUGGAUCUGGGACUUGGUGGUACUUGAUUUAUCAGGUAGAAGUGAGUUGACCACGAAAAUUCCAGACACCAUCACAGAAUGGAAGGCCAGUGCACUCUGCUUAUCUGGAACUACAGGGCUUGGCCUCUCCCCCAUCAUCUCUCUUCAAGCUUUCCAGCCCUUCUUCCUAGAACUCACUCUCCCCUACUCAGUGGUACGAGGAGAAGACUUCACACUCAAAGCCACAGUGUUCAACUACUUGCUCCACUGCAUUCGGGUCAGAGUACAGCUGGAGGGCUCUCCUGACUUCAUAGCAGUUCCAGUAGAGGCAAAUGAAGAAUCUCACUGUAUCUGUAGAAAUGGAAAGAACACUGUGUCCUGGACUGUGACUCCAAAGUCACUAGGAAAGGUGAAUUUCACAGCGACUGCAGAAGCCCUCCAGUCUCAGGAAAUGUGUGGCAAUGAGGAGCCUAAAGUCCCAGAGCUGGCGCAGAAGGAUACAGUAAUCAAGCCCCUAAUAACUGAGCCUGAAGGAAUAGAAAGGGAGGAAACUUUCAACACAUUACUCUGUGCAUCAGAAACUGGAGAACCUGAAAAACUGUCACUAAAUGUUCCUUCAAAUGUAGUUGAAGACUCUGCCAGGGCGACAUAUUCAGUUGUGGGUGAUAUACUAGGCUCAGCAAUGCAAAACCUUCAGAAUCUUAUCCAGAUGCCCUUCGGCUGUGGAGAGCAGAAUAUGAUCCUUUUUGCCCCCAACAUUUAUGUCCUGAACUAUCUGAGUAAAACACAACAGCUAACAGAGACAAUCAAGUCCAAAGCCAUCGACAACCUCAUCAGUGGGUACCAGAGGCAACUGAACUACAGGCACAGCGAUGGCUCAUACAGUUCCUUUGGGGAUGAAGGCAACAGAACUCAGGGAAGCACUUGGCUCACUGCAUUUGUGCUCAAGUCCUUUGUUCAAGCCCAGUCAUACAUCUUUGUGGACAACUCAAACCUCGUUAACUCCUUCAACUGGCUCUCAAAGAAGCAAAAGGGAAAUGGCUGUUUUCAGCGUACUGGAUCAAUACUGAACAAUGCUAUUAAGGGUGGAGUAAAUGAUGAGGUGACGCUCUCUGCCUACAUCACCAUUGCUCUGCUGGAGAUGCCACUGCAAGUCACGCACCCAGUUGUCCGCAAUGCUCUGUCAUGCUUGGAAGUGACCUGGAGAUACAUCUCAAGGACCAAAGGAAAUGCUGUCUAUACAAAGGCAUUAUUGGCUUACGGCUUUGCUCUAGCAGGAAGGUGGGCCAGGCGAAAUGAGAUACUUCAAUCACUAGACAGAGAAGCUCUGAAAGAGGAUGACUCAAUCCACUGGCAACAUCCUGGGAAACUUAGACAACCUGAGACACUCUAUUUUCAACCCCGGGCUCCUUCUGCUGAAGUAGAGAUGACAUCUUACGUGCUCCUGGCCUAUCUUACUGUCCAGCCUCGCCCAUCUUCAAAAGACCUGUCUGUGGCAUCACGAAUUGUGAAAUGGAUCAUCAAGCAACAGAACCCUAAUGGGGGCUUCUCCUCCACUCAGGACACAGUAAUAGCUCUCCAAGCCCUCUCCAAAUAUGCAGCAAUAACUUUCACUAAAAGAAAGGAAGCAGCUACAGUCACUGUCAAGUCUUCAGGCACCUUCUCUAAAGAAUUCCAAGUAGAUGAUACCAACCAACUUUUGCUGCAGGAGGUUGGGUUGCCAGAGAUCCCAGGAGAGUACCACACAACAGUAUCCGGGUCGGGGUGUGUUUACCUUCAGACAUCCCUGAGGUAUAACAUCCUGCCCAAGAAAGAAGGGAAAGGUCCCUUCACUCUGAAGGUUGAUACUCUUCCCAAGGAUUGUGAUGGAAUAGAUGCUCAUAAGAAAAUCCAGAUUCAUAUCAACAUAAGUUAUACCGGGAAACGACCCAGCUCUAAUAUGGUCAUCGUUGAUGUGAAGAUGGUAUCUGGCUUCAUACCUGUAAAAGCAUCUGUGAAAAAGCUCCAAGAAAGGCCUGAUAUUCAAAGAACAGAAGUGAACAGCAAUCAUGUGUUAAUUUACUUUGAAAAGCUAACCAGUCAAGUCCUGAGUUUCUACAUCUCAGUAGAACAAAACACUGAAGUAAAGAAUUUGAAACCAGCCAAUGUAAAAGUCUAUGAUUAUUAUGAGACAGAUGAAUUCAUCAUUGAAGAAUAUAGUAUCCCCUGCAGUGCUGAACCUGAACAGAUCUUUGAAAAUUAA